GCCCAUUUACGACGUCAUCACACCGAGCCUCGUGACCGGUUGUCAUCUGUGAGCGUCCGUGGUUGUCCGCAUUUUUGUUAUCGUGUAUGCGAGCUUUCAAACUCUCCCUCUGAAUGAAGAUGUUGUCUCGCCUGCUGAAGGAGCAUCAAGCGAAGCAAAACGAGCGAAAGGAGCAACAGGAACGGCGCAGGCGCGAAGCAAUUUCCGCAGCCACCUGUCUUACGGAAGCCCUGGUGGACCAUCUCAACGUCGGAGUUGCACAGGCGUAUGUAAACCAGCGCAAGCUUGACCAUGAGGUGAAAACACUCCAAGUGCAGGCUGGUCAGUUUUCCAAGCAAACUGCACAAUGGAUCAGCAUGGUGGAGGGCUUCAAUCAGGCCCUGAAGGAAAUUGGCGAUGUGGAGAACUGGGCCCGCAGUAUUGAGAUGGACAUGAGGACCAUCGCUACAGCUCUGGAGUACGUACACAAGGGUCAGCUUCAGCCGGCUACGUCGUAGAUGCUUUUGGAGAUGUCCUUCGGAAGAGCUGGAUUGACUCAAAAGAACUGUAAAACAGGAAAGCACCGAGGGGUCUGCAGAGAAAUGUCGUAGUGUGAACACAAAAUGUGGUGAGGAAACUUGCUUAUUUAUAAAAAAAAACUUAAAAAACGCACUAAUUAUUGUGUCCGUUUAUGCUUUAAAUACAUCUAUGGAAUGAUGCUUAUCAGUAUUAAGGAAUUGUCAAUGUAUAAUAUCAGUUUUAAAGUUUGUGCUGUGAUUGUUUUUAAGAAAAAAAGAAAACGAAAAUAAAAUUGGCUUUGUUACUCAACUAAAA